AGGGGGCGUUUACCCUAAACACAGACCGUGCUGGACCGUGAAUUUCUAAAGCGCGGACAGCUUGACCGCAGUCUUAAACGGUGGAAUGGCUAUUACUUUCUGUCACAGUCAUUGUAAAUAAUUAGAGAUCUCAGACUUCUCAAAAAAAAAAAAAAACACCACAAACAAACAAAAAAGGCUGGGAAAUGGUGCUCACAGAAAAAUGUAAUACCUUUGCUCUAAUUCACUGCAACAAAUUGGCAAACUUCCAGCACAGGGAAUUAUAAAAAGAGCACGGCGUUAUUUCAGGCAGUCAGAUGGGUAUAUCGCGUGGAAGGUCUCUCUCGGGCUGUAUUGGAUCUCCCUGGCUCCUGAGCUUGAGUUAAGUGAAAAUGGUGAGUGAACAUGUGAUAGAGCAUUCGCGCAGAAAGCGAAGAAAAAGGUUCCUCCUGAUUGGAGUCGCUGUGCUCGUAUCUGUGGCUGUUGUCGCUGUUGUUGUUGGACUGAUUGCAGCUGCGAAGAAAAGCUCGACCUCCUUGGACAGUUUCAAGAACGUCGUUAUGAAAAGAUGUGAAACAUACCUAAAAGAAAACGAACACAUGUCAAGGGAGAAUGACUGCAAAAUAAUCUGGGGGGCUUUUGAGCAGGCCUACAUCAUGAGAGAUCCGUGUGAUGUUCCUCCUGAGGCGUAUGAGCCUCUAAUAAAUUCAAUCAAACAGGAUGUUGCCUGUAAUACUAUGCUGUUCUGGAGCAAAACAAAAAUCAUGGCACAUGCAUUUACUGACAAAAGAGAUUGCCUGGUCACUGUGGAGGACACACUUCUUGGAUAUUUGUUUGAUGAUCUGACUUGGUGCAGCAAAAAUGAAAGCAAAGAAACCUUUACUACAGAUUGUCCUGGUUGGUCAGAUUGCCAAAACAACCCAGUACGAUCUUUCUGGAUUCAGGCUUCUACUAAUUUUGCCGCCACUGCUUGUGGGAAUGUGUCUGUAAUGUUAAAUGGAUCUGUGGAAGCCCCCUUCAGCCCCACAAGUUCCGUUGGUGGAAAUGACGAAAGCCAAACUAUGAAGAAAAAAUAUCAGAAAAUCACCAAGAUAAAGUUGGGAUCGCCUGUUGUGAUGGUCGCCAGGGACGAAUGGCGGACUAUUUUGGACAGCAACAAGACGACCCUAUAUCUGACAAGUGUAUUUGGAAGUGUAGAAGUGAAGAAUUUCGAUCCCAGUAAACUAGACAGUUUGUCUGCAUUGCUUGUCACCAAGGACACAGACACUUGAGAUGGUGUACUUUGGAUUAAAAUCCUCAUCCUUACACUCCUUCCAAAGGCUGUUGAUCAUCUGUCAACUUCAAUCUGACUUUUUAUAAUGCCUUUUUAUAGUCUUUUUUAUAGUGUUUUUUAUAUGGUCGGGGCUUCUUCCUUGCAUGACAGCCUUUCAGGCCAUGGUGAUGUAGAACUAUUAUUAUUAGUAGUACUUAGUUUUGUAUCUUUCACCAGUUCUUUUGUUGUUGUCUUGGAGUCCAGUUGAACCUUUCGGACCAAAAUUAGUUCCUGACUGGGAGUUAAUUUGUGCCCCUUUCAUGAAUGAUGCAGUGUUUGUGUGCUCCCAAGCUGUCUGUACUUGCAUACAGUUGUUUGUAUAGAUGCUUGCGGUGCCUUAAAUUAUUUGGAAAUUGCUCCUCACGAGGAACCAGACCUGUUGCUGGCCAGUUUUUUUUUUGUUGUUGUUUGUUUGUUUGUGUUUUUUGUUUGUUUGUUUGUUUCUUGGCUGAGAUGCCUGAAUUUUUCAUAUCAAGGGCAAAAGGCAGUGUCAUUAAAUGUAGGCCCUUUUAUAGCCAGUGUGCCACCAAUUUAUUCCAAAUGAUAACAAUUGGCCAAUCAGAAGCUUCCAGUCAGUACAUCAAUUUCUAGAAUCUUCCAGAAUGUUUAAAGAAACAGUCAACUUGGUGUAUGUAAAUAUUUGGCCCACUGCAAUUCUGAUAUAAUGAAUUAAAGCUGAAAUAAAUCUGCCUCUUAACAGUUAUUUUAAAAUUACCUCUGCUGUGAAUAAAGUAGAUGCCCUAAUGGUAUUAUUAGACAUAUGACCCUUCUAAGAAUCAGGGCUAUGAGAAUUACACUGUUAUUCUAAAGGCAUCCUUCACUCUUUUGU